AUGUCCAAGUUGCUGUACAAGACUGUGAUGCAGCUCGACAGAGACAGAGUGACACUGACCUGUACAGUAGAGUCUUAUGCAUGGGAGUUUUACUGGUACAGACACAGACCAGACUCUACACCAGUAACCUCAACCUCUGGAUACUCCUACCCACUCAGCAGGGUCAGUGUCUCUGAUGGAGGACAGUACUGGUGCAGAGCUGGGAGAGGAGACCCAGUCUACUACACCCUGUACAGUGACCCAGUCCAGAUAAACAUUACUGAGAGACCUAUUGCUGUUCUGACCCUCCAAACCAACUGGACCCAGAUAUUCAUUAGAGAGACUGUCAUUAUGAGAUGUGACAUACAGGGAGGAGGAGACACUGAAUGGCAGUAUGAGUGGUAUACGAAUGGUUAUUCAGUCUACUCUAUUACAAAGUCUGAGUACAGAAUCAGUCCUGUCUACAUGUCUAUCAGUGGUUCAUAUACCUGUAAGGGUGUAAAGGGAAGGACGUUCUCCAAGACCAGUGAUGCUGUACAACUGACUGUGUCUGCUGCUCUGAGUAUCUCUUCUCAGUGGCUGAACCCUGGAGACUCAGUGAUUCUGAGCUGUGGGGUGAAAGAGUCUACAGGCUGGAGGUUCUCCUGGUACAGGACUGUUCCCUACAGAGCUGGGUUACCCUCCCUAUCAGACCAAUCUUAUUCUCUACAGCCCCUAUCUGACAAUGGGACUACUGAAGACUCCUACACUCUGAUCCCUGCUGGUCCUACUCCCACAGGAGGAUAUGUGUGUAGAGCUGGGAGAGGAGACCCAGUCUAUGACACACUCUACAGUGAACCUCAGUUUCUCUGGUCAGGAGAUCUGCAGCCUUCAGUGUCUCUCAGAAUAAGUCCCAACGCAACUCAACACUUUACAUCAAAGUCUCUCUCACUGAGCUGUGAGGAGAAGGGGAACUGUACUGGAUGGAGACUGAUGAGCUACAGAGAGAGUGGAGUGAAGUCAGGGUGUGUCUCUAACUGGGGAUCAGUAACAGAAUCCACCUGCACCAUCACAUCAUUGAAAACAUGGUACAGUGGAGUGUUCUGGUGUGAGUCUGGAUCAGGAGAGUACAGUAAUGCUGUCAACAUCACAGUAAAUGAUGGUGAUGUGAUCCUGGAGAGCCCUGCUCAUCCCGUGACUGAAGGAGACUCUCUGACUCUGAGCUGUAAAUACCGGACAAUCAGCUCAAACUUCAAAUCAGAUUUCUACAAAAAUGGAGUACUCAUCAAGAAUGAGACCACAGGAGAGAUGACCAUCCGUACAGUAUCCAAGUCAGAUGAAGGAUUCUAUAAGUGUAAAUCAGGUCAAGGAGGAUCACCAGAGAGCUGGGUGACAGUGAGAGUCUCUCCAGUCGUAGCUCCUGGAUCCUCUACAUCAGUCCUAGUAGGAGUGGUUGUGGGUCUGGUUGUUGCUGGUGUUCUACUGGUCAUUCUCCUGGUCCUGCUGUGGAGAUAUCAAAACAGCAAAGGUUCCUGUUUCAACAGAAUAUUCUGGCCCCCUCAGCCCCAGAGCACCAACCAGGACCCCCAACAGGACCAAGGAUCUACCCAGGGCCAGGCUCCUGAUACUGGGUAUACACAUCAGCAGCAUGAUGCUGCUGGUGCUUCUGCUGCUGGACCAAGUCAUGUGACUUACGCCCAGAUUCAACUGAACAAGUUGGACAAGAAAGCAGCAGCUGGUCCUGCUGAUGUGACCUAUGCUGAGAUUGACCUCCAAAAGAAGGUCAAAGCCAAGAAGAAGAGAGGUCAUUGA